UAUCCACACCGGGGACCGACCCUACAAAUGCGCUCACCCUGGGUGUGAAAAGGCUUUCACCCAGCUUUCCAACCUGCAGUCCCACAGACGGCAGCACAACAAAGACAAACCUUUCAAGUGCCACAACUGCCACCGUGCGUACACGGAUGCUGCCUCGUUGGAGGUACACCUGUCUACACACACGGUGAAACACGCCAAGGUCUACACCUGCUCCAUCUGCAGCCGGGCCUACACCUCGGAGACGUACCUGAUGAAGCACAUGCGGAAACACAACAUCCCUGACCCACAGCAGCAGGUGGUUCAGGCACAAGCCCAGGCCUCUCAGCAGCAGCAGCACUUCCAGCCGCAGGGCGGGGGGGCAGCAGGGGGCCCUUCUGGAGACACUAACCAACCCAACCCUCCCCCCCAGUGCUCCUUUGACCUGACUCCUUACAAGACUUCAGAGCAUCACAAGGACAUCUGCCUCACUGUCAGCACCAGCGCCAUCCAAGUGGAGCACCUCUCCAGCUCCUAGAGAGACCUCAACCCAGGGAGCAGAAAGCCUCUUGUGCAUAGCCUGCGCCCAGGGGCACCGCUUGUGCAGCGGCCCUCGUGCAACAGUCUCCGGCCUCUCCUCCUGCAACAGCCUCUUCUGGCCGUGUAACCCUGUUCAUGGCAGCCCCUUGAACAACAGCCUGUCUCAAGGGGGUGCUCCUUCUGUGCAACAGCCUGCCUGGUAGGAGGAUGCUUCCUUGUGCAAGAGCCCCUUUCCUGUGCUGGGAUCACUUCCUCAUGCAAGAGCCCCUCCUUUCAAACCCAAAGAAAGGCCCCCGUUUUGCCUUCUCUCUCACUGUAGGAUGCGUAUGAAGGGGGGGUGCGUGUUGAGACAUGCAUGGUGGAUGGGAUGGAGAGACGGUCCUUGUACGUACAGGGGCUUGGACACAUGUUUUCAGCAGGCCACAGAAGAAUGUGGCAGGGUUCACAGCUGGAUGGGGUUCUUUGAGGAUUUCCUUGAGUGUCUAAGAGAGAAAUAUCCAUUCCUGUCCCUCCUGCUUGUGAAAGGGAGGAAGGGUCGCUCGUCCUGCCCCAAGGACUGGAUGGGAGAAACCUUCUCCCCGGUGGAAGGUGAGACCGGUGCGGGGGGAGAGGUGAGGCAUGUUCUCUGGGCCGGACAGGUGCCUGCACUGCCCGAGGGCUGUGGAGUAUUGCACUCUUUCUCCUCCCCUGGUGGAGAGCAAUAGAGAGGAGUCUGUCUGAACUGGCUGCUGCCUCUCUCUCCCAGCUGUCUGAGCAGCACGAUGGCCGAGGCCCCGUAGGAAUGUGGGUUCCUCCUGCUCAUUGCUCUUCCUGCCCGUUGUGGAUGAUGUUCUAGCAGCUUGUACUCCUCCUCCUCUCCCUCCUGCUUCCCCCACCACCUCCUCAGAAAAGCCUGCAGGCCUCAACAACAAACCAAAAAACAACUGGAGGGAGGGGAAGAGACUGCCAAAAUAAUCAUCACCCUUCUCUCUACUCCCUUUCCUGAAAGGCGGAACGACAGCAGUUCUGACUCUCACAUGCCUGUCCUGCCCCCAGUUUCCCAAAGGGAAGGAGGAGGAGGAAUAGACCAGUCUUUUCAAGGAGCCGGCAGGAGG